AUGGGUUUUUUGGAUCGUGAUUUCAGUGAUGUACCAAGCAUAGCUGAUUAUUAUAAGAACAAAACAAUAUUCAUUACCGGAGGAUCGGGUUUCAUGGGCAAAGUUUUAGUGGAGAAACUUCUGUAUUCAUGCCCCGAUUUGGAUAGAAUAUACUUGUUAUUAAGAAGCAGUAAAGGAAUAAAAGCUGAAGAUAGACUUAACAAUUUAUAUUUGUCACGAUGUUUCGAUCGUCUAAGAAAUGAAAAACCAGAUAUUUUCGAAAAGAAAGUCUUCUUUAUUGCCGGUGACGUAGGCGAGCUCGGUUUAGGUAUUUCUGAUGAAGACAGAACAUUGCUUAUCAAUAGAGUACAAAUCGUUUUCCACGUCGCUGCAAGUGUCAGAUUCAAUGAUUCUCUAAAAGUAGCGGCGAGACUGAAUCUUCGCGGUACCAGAGAGGCUAUUGAAUUAGCUAAAGAAAUAAGAAAUUUAGAAGCUUUCGUCCACGUUUCUACUUCUUAUGCUAACACAAAUCGACAAUGCAUCGAUGAAAUAAUAUAUCCAGCAUCUGGAAAUUGGAGGGACACUUUAGAAGUUAUUGAAAACGUAGACGAACACACAUUAAAUGUUCUGACUCCCAAAUAUUUGGAUAAAUUGCCAAAUACUUAUGUGUUUACAAAACAAUUAGCGGAACAUGUGGUCAACGAACAGAAAGGAAAGCUACCAGUUGUCAUAAUGAGACCUUCUAUAGUGAUAUCAAGCGUUAAAGAGCCGUUAGUCGGUUGGGUUGAGAAUCUAAACGGCCCUGUUGCUAUUUUGAUAGCGAGUGGCAAAGGUAUUCUUCAUACAAUGUACACAGAUCCUAAUCUUAUAUCAGACUAUAUGCCAGUAGAUAUAGCUAUAAAAACAUUUAUAGCUGCCGCGUGGGCUAGAGGUACCAAAAGAUUAGAACCAACAGACGAUGUACAUGUAUAUAAUUGUUCUUCAAGUGAAAUAAAAGCGUUGACUAUGGGUGAGAUAGUUGAACUAGGAGUGGAAAUAAGCAAAAAGAUACCUUUGGAUUCAUUAAUAUGGCACCCAUGUGGUGGUUUGACUUCAUCAAGGAUAAUUAAUUACAUUAAGGUGUUGCUAUUACACUUACUACCGGCUCUAUUAGUUGAUGGGAUUUUGAAACUACUUGGGAAGAAACCUAUGUUGACGAAGGUUCAGAGGCGUAUUUACGUAGCUAACAUAGCCUUAGAAUACUACGUGACCCAACAAUGGACAUUUAAAAACGUGAACAUGGUAACACUACGGUCUAAAAUUAAGGAAGAGGAUAUAAAAGAUUUCUACUACGAAAUGGAAACUAUUGAUAUACAUGAAUACUUCACGAAUUCGUGCUACGGUGGAAAAUUAUACAUAUUGAAUGAGAAACUUGAAGAUUUACCGAAAGCAAAAAUACAUUAUAGAAGAAUGGAGCUGCUACAUAAAUCUGUGAUGCUAAUGUUCAAGAUUUUUGUAUUCUGGUACAUUUACAACACCAGUUACUUCCAGGAUGUCAUGAAAUUCUUCUACACCGCUUUUAUUGGUUGA